UAAACCCGGGAGGCGUGGCUUGCAGUGAGCUGAGAUCCGGCCACUGCACUCCAGCCUGGGCAGCAGAGCCAGACUCCGUCUCAAAAAAAAAAAAAAAGAAAGAAAUUUUAAGAUAAAUGUGAGCGAUGUCAGCAUUAUUCAGCAUCUUUAGCAAUUUAAUUCCAUAUAUCAUCAAAUUGACCUUACAUAAGGGUAAAGCUUGCUUUCUUAUAGUAGGGAGUGUUAACCUAAGAGAGUCUUGGGUUUAAUCUGUUUUCCUAAAUUUAAAUACUAUCAUUUAUCUGAUUUUAAUGCUUUCAAUUGUUCUCCUCCCCCCCUUCCAUUUAAGCAAAGAAUUUAUAAACUUAAAAAAAAAUUUAAAUCUCGAAUUUUUAUAUUUGAGGUUCUUUCACUGAAGGAUGCUGAUCUGCUCAAUAUAAGUAGAUGGCAAGAUUUUGAAAAGGAGCAGCGCAAGUAAUUAUACCCACAGUGCAUAACUAAUUUUACAGUUCUGUCAUAGAGGCUUAUACUUUGUACCACUCAUUAAGUGGAAUAUGGAACCUUCAGAUCUGAAGGAAUGUCCACGGUUUCAAAUAUUUAGGGAUGUGUGGUUUGGAAAACACUUUGUGGGCUUAAUUUUGUAAAUCCACCAAACUAACCUACGAUGUAGGUUAGUAGCAUAACAAGUGUGAAAUAUCAUCAAUAAUCAGUAUAGUAGUUUCUUAGAACUUGACUGACAGAAAACUUUCUUUGAUAGUAUCAGUGGGUGCUCAUUCAUUAGAUAACUAAAAGAUGUGUAUUCACGUGCUAAUGAAUUAAAACUGAUUGCUAUUUGUUCAUAUGUCCUCACAAAUUUAGCAAGACAGGCAUGGAGGUGAAAAAAGAUAGUAACAACCAGAUGAGGGAAAGAUUGUAUACACUGAAGAAAAGUUGAGAGGAGAAUAAUAAAGGGAAAUAUGGUUUCCCUUCCCUCCUUUUAAGUUACUUGUAUGUAUAGUUAUAUAUAAUCCUUCCUGUCCCAUGACUUUGACCAAAGAUGGAGUGACUAGGCCUGACUAAUAUGUAGAAGAAAAGUUGUGAUUUUUCCUUGAAACCAGGACCCUAUCAUCUGACUUAUCACGAUUCAUAAAUACUGUGUAACACCAGAAGAUGAGAACAUAGAGAAUGCUGUAACAGGUUCUUGGUAGUUUGGGUUUAGUUGCUAUUUAUUGGCUUUUAAUAUGGUUAAACCACAUUAGUCCUUAUAAACACACUUGUUUUUUUUACCUUUGAAAUUGCCACUUACACAUUAGCUUUUUGAACGUUACAGUUGAUCAUGAUAUAUAAGCUAGGAGACUUAUGAACCACAUUUAAAAUCUGUACAAAAUACUGUAAACUUUACAGGUAAUUUCACAAUUAUGGUAUGAAUUUAAAUUUGAUUAUAUGUGUGGGUCAGUUACUAAAUCAUUUAUAAGACUAUUCUGAACUUCAGAGAAUAAGCAAACGUACAUUAUUAGAAUAUGUUUGAGUCUUCGCAGAUAAAGACCACAUUGACUUCAGAAUGCAGCAUAUAGGCAUGCUGCAUUUAAAAGAAGGGAAAUUAUGUUUAAAUUUAACUAAUAUGAGCAGUCACUAUCUUCUUUUUAAGGGAUUUGUUCUAAUAGCAGUUAUGGUUUAAGGAGAGAAUGGAAGUGUUGCUUUAACUUCAUGGAAUCUGUAUAAGUAUUCUACCAUACCCAAGAGGAAGGAAGCAGAACUGUUCUUUCUAUAGGCUGAGGUUGAGUAAAUACAGGUUUUUUACAAGCCUUGAAGAAGUUCUUUAGUAAGUAGUAAGAUGAAUAUUGUAAGGUAUUUGGAUAAUUUAGGUAUAGUUCCCUUUGUUUUGGGUACUUGUGAUUUUCCUGAAUGCACUAGUGUGUAUCUCUGGAAGUAGAGCUCCAGUGUCAUAAAGCAGCAGGAAAACACAUUUUGAGUAAGUUUGUUUUACAAGCUUAUUAUACUCAUAGACUUGGACUUGAGUAAAUUUGGCACUAUUAAAUGGCAUAGAAUUUGCCUGGCCUUAAUGUUAGAGUAAGUUACAGUAUAGCAUUUAAUAGUUUCUUUAUUUUAAUGGAUAGCACAUAUAUAUAUUGUAUUGGAAUUUCUUUUUAUAGUAUGACACAGGCUAUAUUAAAAGACUGCAAUUAUUGUUUGCUGUAGGAAUUGUUCAUGUUCCUCAAGAGUAUGUACACGUAUAUAAUAACCCUUUUCCUGGUUAAAGAAUAGUACGUGGUUAUUGUGGUUAUUCAGUGUGUAAAAUACAACUCUGUUUUAACACAGACAAUUCUUGAUCAGCUUGUAUUGGAUACACUAUAAUACUUUCUUAGUGUUAGUUCCCUCCUUUUAAUUUUUGGCCAUUUCCUUCAACCAACAGCAGGGGCAUCUUGAUAAUAAAGAAUAGUUUAAUCAAGCAGGCCGGAUGCGGUGGCUCAUGCCUGUAAUCCCGGCAUUUUGUGAGGCUGAGGCAGGUGGAUCACUUGAGAUCAGGAGUUCGAGGCCAGCCUGGCCAAUGUGGUGAAACCCCGUCUCUACUAAAAUAAAAUACAAAAGUUAGCAGGGUGCGGUGUCGGGUGCCUGUACUCCCAGCUACCCGGGAGGCUGAGGCAGAAUUGCUUCAACCCAGGAGGUGGAGGUUGCAAUGAGAAGAUUGUGCCAUUGCACUCCAGCCUGGGUGACACAGAAAAACCAAACAAGCAAAUAAACAUCAAAACAAAAACCUGUUUAAGCAGGUUGUGCUGUUAGAAGAACUUUUCUGCCUGGCUUCUGCUUUAUAAAGUGUAAGAUAGACUGGAGGCCUAUUUAAGAUUUCUGUUAAAAUUCAUGAUACCGGUUGAGUUAUUAAUCUGCCCAUUUCAACUGGGCAGUGUAUUUUUAAUGGUUAUUGGAUGCAGGAGCCAGAUUACUGAGGAAAUGUAGGAUUCCUUGACUGGACAGCUUUAAGAACAAGUAGUCUAGUGAAAUAGGGCAGAUACCACCCAUUCCUAGCAAUUUUUUUUUUUUGUUUGCAAUUUCAAUUCAUUUUCCAAAUUAUGGAUAGUUUUAUGAAUUUCUUUGAGAAAAAGUUGAAAUUGUUUCAUAAUGAAGACAAGUCAGGGAGAAAAGGAUUAGCCUAGCAUUUAUUCUCUUUAUAUAAAGGACUUCUUAUAGCCUGAUUCCUAAUGUAGAGUUCCAUGAAAGUGACAUUUAUUUGGUAACAGCUUUUGAGAAAUGUUACUUUAUUUCUAAAUAAUUAUAUACUUGGCAGUUUAUUCUUGCAGUUAAGUUUACUAACAGUGUUACUGACUGAUUUGUUAAUAUAAGUGUGUAAGUUGUUCUUGAAAGUUAAAAUGAAGCUGGAUGUGGUGGCUCACACCUGUAAUCCCAGCACUUUGGGAGACCAAGACAGGCAGAUCAAGGGGUCGGGAGAUCGAGACCAGCCUGGCCAACAUGGUGAAACCCUGUCUCUAUUAAAAACACAAAAAUUAGCUGGGUGUGGUGGUGCGCACCUGUAAUCUGAGCUACCCAGGAGGCUAAGGCAGGAGAAUCGCUUGAACCUGGGAGGCGGAGGUUGCAGUGAGCUGAGAUCACGUGCCACUGCACUCCAGCCUGGGCUACAGAGCGAGACUCCAUCUCAAAAAAAAAAAAAGUUAAAAUCAUGGUGACAACUUUGUAGCCAGGAAGAAGAGGACUGUUUUAAACUUAGAUGUUUCCAUGAAGAAAUUUAUGCAGACUUGAGAUUUCCUCUGAGAUAAAGAGAGAGAAGGGCAGACAACAAAGGAGGUUAGGUAUUUGUGACACCUUUGAUAAUAAAAAGCAAAGCUUCUUUUAAAAUAAAUCUAAUGUUGACCGGGCAUGGUGGCUCACACCUGUAAUCCCAGCACUUUGGGAGGCCGAGGCGGGCCGAUCACCAGAGGUGAGGAGUUUGAGACCAGCCUGGCCAACAUGGGAAAACCCCCUCUCUCCUAAAAAUACAAAAAUUAACUGGGCAAGGUGGUGCAUGCCUGUAAUUCCAGCUACUCAGGAGGCUGAGGCAGGAGAAUCACUUGAACCCAGGAGGUGGAGGUUGCAGUGAGCUUAGAUGGCACCACUACACUCCAGCCUGGGUGACAGAAUGAGACUCCUCCAUCUCAAAAUAAAUAAGCUAACGUCUCUUAAAAAGACAUUCUGUCAUACUGUAAUGCUUUGCUGCUACUCCAAAACGGAUUUAAAAUUUGAAUUUUAAGAUGUUACUGAAUUAUCUUGUUUACUUUAAUAAAAGGUUUUUAUUUCCAUCCUAGUAAAACUAAAGGGUUGUAGUGUUUUACAGAGGAAAGCCUCCUGUGUGUAUAUAAGAAGGACAGUAGCAGCUUUCGUAGAUGGUAAUCCAGCUAUUGCUAUUCAACAGUAGCAUAAAUGAAUGUUAUAUCAUAAAGUCUAUUUUGUAGAAAGGAAAACCAAGAGAGAAGAGGGGAAUAUGAGAUACUCUUAUCUGUUUGGUUAAUGAACCAGUCUGUGAAACUUAAAUUACAAGCAAAUUAGCCAUGCCUUUUUUUUUAUAAGAUACUGAAUAUGCUGUUUUCAUAGUUUCAGUGACUGAAAAAGCCCAGAUUGCUGUGCCUGCUGCAGACAUCUGUUCAGUAGUUUAGAGUAUCUGAGAUGCAGUGAAAGACUUGUAGGUAGCUAAAUGGGAAAGGUUAAUGUUCGUGAAGAAAUUGAAGAGUUUUUUCCAAGAAUGUGGAAGAUAAAUCAAGAUAAAAGAAGGCUAAUGAAAAGUAUUAAAGAUCAGAAAAUUAAAAUUGAAUGGGGGAAAAAAUUGAACAGAAGAUUGGUCAGAUAGAAGCACUUGAAUUUUUUUUAAGGCUAUUUUGAAUUGUUUGAAUUGGGGAAGAAUACACGAAGUAUGAAAAAUGAAAAACUCAAUGAAGAAUGAAGAGAAGUAGAAAGCAAGAGUGAAGUAGAAUUAAAAGAAUCUGGAAGAAUGAAUGGGUCCUAGGUUAAGUAAAUGUAUGGUUUAUGUUCCAGUGUCUGUAUGAUCAAGUUGUAGAUGAAUUUGCAUGAUUACUUAGUUAAUAGAGAAUUGGUGAUCUGGUUCAAGUAGGGAAUUAUUGAGGACAGUUAGCAGUAUUAACAAUGGGUUAUUAUUGAGCUGAAAUUUUUUCUGGAGGGUGUUGCCUAACCAUUUGUUUUUCAGGAGCAAUCAAUAUAAAUAAUUACGGUACUUUAAAUGUUAGGUGUUAGGCAUCUACAUGACCAGUGCCAUUUGUAAUACUGUCUUCUUUGUUAGGAGUCUCGCUCUCAGUCAAAAUCUCCAACGGGAACUCCUGCUCGUGUAAAAUCGGAGAGCAGGUCAGGAUCUCGUAGUCCAUCAAGGGUUUCCAAACACUCUGAAUCCCAUUCUCGAUCAAGAUCAAAAUCCAGGUCGAGGUCAAGGAGGCAUUCUCAUAGACGUUACACUCGAUCCAGAUCCCACUCUCACUCUCAUAGGAGACGAUCUCGAAGUAGAUCAUACACACCAGAAUACCGGCGGCGAAGGAGCCGAAGCCAUUCUCCAAUGUCUAACCGGAGAAGACAUACUGGCAGCAGGGCAAAUCCAGAUCCCAACACUUGCCUUGGAGUGUUUGGCCUCAGUUUGUACACAACAGAGAGAGAUCUUCGUGAAGUAUUUUCUCGAUAUGGACCAUUGAGUGGUGUCAAUGUGGUUUAUGAUCAGCGAACUGGACGAUCUCGAGGAUUUGCAUUUGUGUAUUUUGAGAGAAUAGAUGACUCAAAGGAGGCUAUGGAAAGGGCAAAUGGAAUGGAGCUGGAUGGUAGAAGAAUUCGGGUGGAUUAUUCUAUCACCAAGAGAGCACACACACCAACACCAGGCAUCUACAUGGGCAGACCAACUCAUAGUGGUGGUGGUGGUGGAGGAGGAGGCGGUGGUGGAGGUGGAGGUGGUGGCAGACGUCGAGAUUCUUACUAUGAUAGAGGAUAUGAUCGUGGGUAUGACAGAUAUGAAGACUAUGAUUACCGGUACAGAAGACGAUCACCUUCUCCUUACUAUAGUCGAUACAGAUCACGAUCAAGAUCUCGUUCCUACAGCCCAAGACGCUAUUGAUACCGGAAUGGUUGCAAUUAAGGACAUUUUUUUCCUCUUUGUUUUCUUUUUUUUUUUUUUUUUUUUUUUUUUUUCCUGAGACUUCCCCAAGCUUUGGAUUCUUCCUACUCCUUAAGAAAAAAAUCUUUGGUUUAUUUAACAUCUACACUUUUGUCAAUUGUGUUGCUGUUUUCCACCCCUUUUAAUUAUACUCUUAAAGAUGUAAUUGUUGUCAUUUUGAGCAGUUAAACAUCUUGAGUAUAAAAAGAACCCCAAUGUUACGCUUUGUAAAUUUUUUUCUUUUUUUUUUUUUUUGCUUUUACCUAAACUUCUAACUAAUCAAAUAAGGAAAGAAACUGUCUUUUUAAAGCUUAUUUUGUGUUAGAUACUGUAUUAGAGAUCUGCAUUUAUCAUGAACUCCUUUUUUUAACUUUAUUUUCAGGAAAGUAACACAUGAAGUAGUUCAGUCAUGUCAGGAUUGUCUGGGGUGGAAUGGAACAGUCAGGUAGUUGAAAGUUUUUUUUUUAGAGAUGGAAAGUUUGUGGACUCCUGUAAAACAUGCUGUAUUUGAAAUACAUCUGUUAAAACUUAAAAACUAAAGUGUGUUUUUUUGUUGUUGUUAAAUUUAUUGAAGUUUAUUCCCUUAAUCAGUGAAGAACAACCCUUAUUUAUUACCUACAGCAGUUAUAUAAUUUGCUGUUAGAAAUUCUGGUAUUGGAACAGUGGAUAAGCAGGUUAUCAUAUAGCAUAGAAUUCUUGAAAGAUACAUGUGGGGAAAAGUAGUCUCAAAUAAAAGCUAAUUUCUUUGAAAA